GUUUCUUGGAAUUUUCUGAAAGGGCUUUACUUUACAACAGUUAAACUCAAUCACUUCAAGGGGAUGAUAAAGGAGCUGGAUAAAGAAGCAAAAUAAGGAAAAGGGCGAAAAUACUCUUUUUUUUCUUUCUUGUUCAGCAUCUUUUGCUCUCUGGCACAUCAGCGAUGCUUCUUUUGACCAUGUGUUUCCAUUUGAAGCAAGAGCUUUCCAGGACUACUUGAGAACAUUGUGAGCAGCUAUCUAUGCAGCACCGCACGAAUAAACUUGGUAGAGAAGACCACAAAUCCACUCUGGAGCUCCUAGUUCUGUCAGCAGAUGAGAACUCACAGAAUCGGUGAGACGGCAAAAUAAUACCUUCCCAGCCCACCCGAACAGCAAUGUCGGUCACUCCUAGAAAUGCAUCACUAAAUGGGACAAGCCAUCUAAACCAGGGGAUUAUGGAUAUACCCAAAGAUUCAAAAUCUUUGAACCUUUUUCUUUUCUGCUUGACUUUCAUUAUUACAUUCACUGCUCUCCUGGGAAGCAUCUAUUUAUUAGUGUCGCUGCUGCGAAUGCAAAACAAGAGUACUCUUGCCAUGCUUGUGACUUCGUUGACGGUGGAUGAUCUGAUCAGUGUGGUGCCAGCGACAAUCUUCAUGCUCAAGCUUUGGCUGAAUGAGAUGCUUCCCUCAACGUUGUGCACAACUUCAGCGCUUCUGUAUUUAUUUCAGGGCUUUUCAAGCAACCUGAUGGGGUCCCUGGUAGUUUCGUAUAACUUCUACAGUCUCCACAAACUGGGGAGUGGUGAAGGGGCUACCAAGCAGCCAGUGAGCAUGAUAUGGGCUGUUCUCACUAUCUGGAUGGUCAGUUUGCUGAUUUGUAUUUUGCCUCUGUGUGGUUGGGGCGCCUAUACCUCAAACUCCUGGGGAUGCUUUACUGACUGCUCCAGUUCUUAUAUCUUAUUUCUUUUCAUCCUUUACUCGCUGUGUUUCUGUCUCCUCAUUGUGCUCUCUAUUCCUCUCAUUUAUCAGCUGCUGUGCUCAGAUGAACAACUCCAUAUUUAUGAUGACUAUCAUCAAAUCACCCAAGGGUAUUUCUCCCCUGGGUCACCUUCAGUGAGUAGUCAGAUACCCUCCCUCUCUGCCGAAGACACUGUGAUUAAAAGCUUGAAGCAUUUCCGAGACGAUUGCCAAAACUCAGACCCAAAAGUCAGGCAAAAUCCAGCAGACAGCCACUGUAGACUGGACCACUAUGGAACACAAAAUGCACCAUACAGCAGCCGAAACUUCACUGUGGAAUUUGCUCAGAAGCGCUUCUCACUGAUUCUGGCUCUCACCAAAGUCAUUCUUUGGCUCCCAAUGAUGAUACAAAUGGUUGUUCAACACACCGUAGGGUUCCAAAGCCUUUCCUUUGAGAUAUUCAGCUUUCUGCUAACGUUGUUAGCUGUCACCGUCACCCCAGUGUUUGUCUUGUCAGAACACUGGAGCCACCUGCCUUGUGGCUGUAUCAUCAACUGCAGAAAGAAUGUCUACAUGGUAUCUUCAGAAGAAGGCAAAAUCAAAAGAAGAGGCUUUGAAUUCAACCUCUCAUUUCAACAAGGCUAUGGAAUUUACAAGAUAUCCCAUGACAACCAUCAUAGCGAUGAUGACAAUUCAAUCUCAUACCACAGUUUGCUCAACUAUGAUUGUGAGAAUCCAAAAGAAACUCAAAAGGAUAAGAGCAAAACUGAGUUCAGCACCAUCUCUCUGGAGGACAGCUCCAUGCUUAAGGACACUUCCAAGUGCAAAAAAACAGUUGGAACAGACACUAAACAAGAGCUGAACAAGGAUAAGAUAAUGGACUAUCUGCUCUCUGACAAGAUAGGAGCAUAUAAAAAAGAAGAAGUCAAAAACAUUGAACAGUGCACCUUUUUUGAAGGACAAGAGAGAAGGCUUUCUCACGAGGUCAGCCGCAAACCAGAACUCUCAGACUGGGAGUGGUGCAGAAGUAAGUCGGAAAGGACCCCACGACAGCGUUCAGGCGGUGCCUUAGCUAUUCCUUUAUGUGCAUUUCAAGGGACUGUAUCUCUUCAUGCACCCACAGGAAAAACUCUCUCUUUGUCAACGUAUGAGGUAAGCACAGAAGGGCAGAAAAUUACACCCACAUCAAAGAAAAUUGAAGUCUAUCGUUCCAAGAGUGUAGGUCACGAGCCAAACCCUGAAGAUUCUCCAACCACAUUUGCUGACACAAGUGUGAAAAUUCAUUUAGAGGUGCUCGAAAUUUGUGAUAAUGAAGAAGCCAUGGACACUGUAUCAAUCAUCAGUAAUAUCAGCCAGUCAUCUACCCAAGUCAGGUCUCCAUCACUGCGUUACUCCCGGAAAGAAAACAGAUUUGUCUCGUGUGAUUUAGGGGAAACAGCUUCCUAUUCACUUUUCAUACCAUCACACAAUCCUGACAGUGAUAUCAACAUAUCCAUUCCUGAUACUGUGGAAGCUCACAGGCAGAACAGUAAAAAACAACAUAUGGAGAAAGAAGGUUAUCAAGAAGAGAUACAAAUGCUAAACAAAGCAUACAGAAAAAGAGAAGAAGAUGGGGUGAGCAACUAAAGAGAUGAAAACCAAGAUGAGUUGAAUUCAGAAGUCAGGACUGAAUAUAGUGGGUCUUCUGAGUUAAAACCAAUCAUUCAAAAUUCGUUUGAACAAAAUGAAAUAACGAAAUCAAUAUUAAGGAUAUGGAUAUUAUGGUGGAAAACAUCAAUGUGUUCAUGACAACAUUUAAAAUAUGAAGAACCAAAGGUUUCAAUCCUACAAACUGUGAGGAAGCUGCUUCCUAGGAGAUUGACCCUGUCUCUUUGGGGGAGGGGGAGGUGAUGGUGUGGACCUUCCUCUCU